GGCCCCAGACUCAUUUCCCAAGAGGAAGCUGCAGGCUGGGAGAAAAGGGAAGCGCCGGAGCCUGGCUCGAGAGCAGACGCCGCCGGGCCACCCGAUGCCGCAGGGACCCCGCCCCGUGGGGAGCCCGGAGCGCGUCCUCCCUGCGCCGCCGCCACCACUGCUGCUGCUGCUGCUGCUGCCGGCCCUGGGCCUGGGCCUGGCGGGCGCCCUCAGCGCGGAGCAGAAGGAUCCAGAGCCAAGCCUCAGGCUUAACGUGACCUUCAACGCCUCAUCAAGGACGCUGUCCUGGGACUGCCUGGAAAAUGCCACCCACCACCUGUACAUUUACGACGCAAUGGAUUCCCCGGCCGUGCUGAACGUACGGGGCGCCUGCUCGUGCGUGCUCAAGUACCACCUGCUGCACAAGGGGGCCACGUUCGAGGUCCACGCCAUUGUUCAGGACAGACUCUUCCGGGGCGCGCUGCAGGUCUCCAACCCAGGGCCGGAGGGCAGCGGCGCCCAGAACCUCACCUGCUUCAUCUACGACGCGAGCUACAUGAACUGCACGUGGGCCCGGGGCCCCGCCGCGCCCCGCGACACCCAGUACUUCCUGUUCAUUGCAAACACCAGGACGCACCGGCAACGCGAAUGUCCCCUCUACACUGAGGACGCCGCGGGGACCCACACCGGCUGCCACGUGCGGGAUCUGUCAGGCUUGAGCUUCUCCAACUACUUCCUGGUGAACGGAACCAGCGCGGAGACCCCGAUCCAGUUCUUUGAUGCCCUGUGGAGCAUCAAGCGAAUAGAGUGGAUGAGCCCGCCGGGCAACGUCACCGUGCGGUGCAACACGAACCACUGCAACGUCACGUGGACACGGCCGCGGACCAAGACGCUGCUGACCCCCAGGGAUUUCCAGUACCAGCUGGACAUCCAGAGCCGGGUGAGCGGCCGCGCCCGGCCCCGGGAGGGGAGGCCACGGAGGACCUGGGUGUGCAGGGCGGGCAGCAGCGGGGCAGCCGAGGGCGAAGGAGGAGGACGGAGGACGCUGGGGACCACACCGGGGCCCCGCCGGGACCCCCGCCCGGCUUCCGGGCCCGGGCUGCACCGCCUUCCUCCCUCCCCAUCUGCCGUGACGCCUGCCCGGAGCAGCUGCCAGACGGCACCCCGGCACCCCUGCACCCCGGCACCCCUGGGCCUCGUGGGCGCUGCUGCAGGCUCUGAUGCCCAGGACUCCCGCGCCCUGAGCCUGUACGUCCCCGUGGUCCUGAGCACCCUGGUGUGCGCCCUGGUCCUCGGCUUCCUGUUUAAAAGGUUCCUCGGGGUCCGCGGUCUGUGCCCCCGUGUCCCGCGGGUCAAGGACAAGCUGAGUGAGCUGGAC